AUGAAGAAUGGUGCUUUCGAUCGAGUAAUCUGCGACCAGGGCCAUCAAGUGAAGGACCCCGAGUCUGGCCGUCAUCAGUCGGUUGCACUUUUAGGUGCUUCUCAUUACUGGUUUAUUACCGCAACCCCUCUGUGGAAUAGGCCAGGCGACUUACAAGGAUACCUUAAAAUUCUUCACCGGUCCUCCUUUGACGAAAGCAUUCCACCGGGAACAUUAACAGAUCUAACCAUAGAGGCCUACCGCGCUUUCGAGAACGUACGAUUCUCCCGCGGCAUGGAGCUACCCACGUACCUUCUUUCACCAAAAGCUCUUGCCCGACUCGCCUUAAACCCGAGCGAUUGGGAUGACCUGGGACGUUUUGUCUUGCUGGUAGUUAUGGGCAUGAUAUCCCUCUCACGCAAUUUGGGCGAGCUCAUUGAUAUUGGACCAGACGCCGAAGCCGUGGUUUUAGGAGGGCAAAUUCCCCCAGCCAGAAUCGGAACUGUCGAUCUUCGGUUCCCUCCAGAAUACCAGGUCAAGCACAACGAGAAGUACGCAAAGUAUAUCAACAGUUUUGUCAGGGUUAGUGACAACAGUCUUACAAAUAAACCACCUCUGCGUGCGAUGCGAACACGACUCGGGUUUCCAAAUCCUACUGACGAACAGAUGGCAAGGCUUCUAGCGUUUAGCCCCCGUUUACAUGACUUCGUGAAAGCCGGUAAAAAGGAAGAUAUCGAUCUUGACGCCUCCGUCAAGUCACUCACUGUCUCAUUUCGCGAAUACUGGGAAAGGACCGUUCAGGAUAAAUCAUCGACAAUGCCAUCCUCCGGAUAUGACAUCGCGCAUUAUCUGGCCGAAGACUCUCCGAAGCUACGAUACCUGCUACAGAUCUUCUCAGACGAAGGGCUUUUACCGAACCCUGCGGCGAGCGGGGCUCCUCGAUUUAUUAUAUUUUGCAUAAAUCCACGGGUCCGUUGGCUAGUUGAGAUGUUCGUCACUGCGCUAGGCAUCGGUUUCAGUGCGAUUAGGUUGGGCACGCGGGCAAAUGCAAAAUUCAAGAUAUCUGCAGAUUUCACCAAUCGAGGGAGCAGUGAUCGGGUUCUCCUCUCCACAUUCCAAUGCACUUCUCAAGGACUCAAUCUGCAUCGUUGCUGCUCACGGAUCAUCGUUCUCCAAACCCCUAGAAACCUGAGUACGCUCGUCCAGGCCAUUGGGAGAGUACAUCGGCUCGGUCAAACAGAGGAACAAAAGGCAUGGAUAUUAUUCCAAGACCACACAAUCCAGCGAUGGGCGGAGUAUUCGCUCACUCGUAAAGCACUCCCGGCGUUGAUUGCUGAGAUUGAAGCUAGGAUCGAGGGUUUCCAGGGACAGGAAGCGUCUGCGGGCAAAGAAAGAGAAGGAAUGAUAAUGACCAUGGCAGCUGACGAAAUAUGCCGCAUGCUUGGUCAAUCGGAGUCCCGUCUCAAAUACAACAAUCCGCAUGAUCUCGGGGAUCCUCGUUUUGAUAUACAGCAGACGGGGUCGCUUCACUCGGAAACUUCCUCUGAGAGUGAUCUUACCAGCAAGGAUGUGUCUGACGUUGAGUUUGAGGGCUAUCAAGACGUCAUGGACAGACCGUCUGACACUAUGAUUUCUACCACAACUAGUGAACUCGCAGAAACGGAUACCUCGGAAGGAAAUGGACAAUAG